CAAAAAUGACCUCGAUCAUGCAUACAGCAUGUUGCCAUCGACGCUAACCGAACCCGCAUAACCAGGAAGCUUGUUUUUGAAAUGGUAUGGGGUCAAGCAAUAGCAUUGAUAACACUAACCAAGUGUCAAAGCAGACAGCUCCUGUAACCGACAACACUGCUGGUAAUGUACAAAAUACUACCUCCACUGACAACUCUCAACCACAUAAAUCCAAACUGAAAAGCAGUCUGAAGAAAACUAUUCAGAACUCGGAUACACAAACUGUCACUCAACCAAGCACUGGCAUGUCCAGGAAGCUUAAUGUGUCCAUUAGACCUGGGACAGAAUCUCCGACUCCUAGCAAGAGGCCUCCAAUGCGCACCAUCUCAAAGAUCAUACGAGAUGCGGAUGAUCAGCUGUACAAUAGAUUCCCGGAAAUGAAGGAUACUUUAAAUGGAAUAACAACAUUAGGGCCAUGGCUUUCCUCUCUGAUUGAGGACGGAGAGGAACCCGAGGAACCUGACUGUAAGGACGUUGGGCAGCAACUCAAGACAAAGGUCCUGGACAAAUUUGAUAUGUUUAACGAAUCAGACCAAAGAAAACUGAUGGGAAACCACAUGGCAAAACAUGGAUUUGUGAAGGAUUUGGGUGAUUUUUACAAGUUUCUGCUGAAAGCCCUUCCAUUACCCGAGUAUACUUUGGCAGAGGCUGAUGACAAAGAUGAUGGCAUCGCAGUUGUAGAACAGAUGCGCCAUAUAUUCUGGAAUCUAUCAGACAAUAGUGUAGAAUUUUGUAAUGAGAUAGUGGAAAACACCGGCAUGAUCCGAUUGCUUGUCAUAGACCUUCUGGCCAUGAAGGAAAGAGAACUUAAUCUCAUCAAGGAGGACUCCUUUCCGUUCGUGUCGGCAGUAGGUAUCCUACACAAUGUGGCUCGCUCAGGUGUUACCAAAUCAUUCUUCAGUGUUGUCCUAGAUGAAAAAGAAACAAACGAGAAUGCCCAUCCGACAAAUGUCUGGGACGUCCUGAUGCCUUUCUUAAAGACCAAAAAUAUGCACAUCAAGUUGAUAACCCUUUUGUGCCUGGCACACAUUGUUAAUGAGCAACAGAACAAGGACUUGUCAGGAAAUGCCUCACUGUUUGACUUCCUGUUGGAGAUGAUGAAAGCAGCCAUAAAGAACAAAGACCGCAGACAGUAUGGUUUUAGUGUAGAGGAACUGCUUGAUGGACUCGCUAAUCUUGCCAAAAAUGACAGCAACAAGGCCAUCAUCAUGGAUAAAAAGGCCUUCCCUAUCCUAAGGGACAUUAUCAUGAAAGGCAAGAGUGAAGGGGAGAAGGCUGAGGCUCUCAAGGUUAUCUGGGAGCUGGCCUUUAUGGGGAAAAACAAGCAGAUCUUCAUGGGUGACAAGGACUUCUGGAAGAAGUUGUACUCACUACAGAGUGAAGAAGAUCACGAGGGGGUGGCGAGGGCAGCUCAGGGUGCCUGCUUUGUUAUCACUGAUGGCGAUCUCCAAAGCAAAGCUCCAUCCGGCGUCAAAAGCUUCAGGAAACCUGCGCCUGCUGUGCCAAAGGAGGAGAAGAAAGAAGAGGACCAGCAUAUAAUGAUAAGUUACAACUGGGCUGACCAGAAAAAGUUACUUAAGGUGCGUGAUAGCCUCCAGGAGGUUGGAUACAAGGUAUGGAUGGAUGUAGACAACAUGGAGGGAGACAUCCUUGAUGCCAUGGCUCGUGCUGUAGAGAAUGCCCAAAUUGUCCUCAUAUGCUACUCUGAGAAAUACAAGGAAAGCAAAAACUGUAGAACAGAGGCCCAGUAUGCCUACCAGGUGAACAAGGAAAUAGUUCCAAUAUUGAUGCAGACCAAAUACAAACCAGAGGGCUGGCUUGGUAUCCUGGUCGGAUCCAAGUUGUUCUUUGAAUUUACAAAUAAGUACCCUUUUGAGUCCAAGAUAAGAGAUCUGAUACGGGAGUUGGAGAACCGAUUUAGAGUAUCGUUUAGGAGAGAUUCAACACCGAAAUUACACAGCCUUGUUUCAGCAAAACUUCAGCAAGUCAAACAGACUAACCUAGCAGACAAAAAAUCGAUGUUAACAUGGACCAAGGAUGACCUCAGCGAAUGGUUGACUAGAAACAAGCUGGAAGCGUUAGCUGGCAUGCAGUUGCUGAAUGGAGAACUCCUAACCUUCCUCUAUAAGCUGUUUAGAAGAGCUCCCGAGUUUUUCUAUCGAUGCCUGGAAAAACGGCUUGGCUUGAAGUCUCUCGAAGAUUUAAUGAGAUUCACGGAUGCACUGGAGAAGCUGAGUGAUGAACAACCAGAAAUAAACCAACUUCUGCUGUGAUUUAAAGAUAAAACACAUGACACAAUCCAAAUAAUCGUGUAAGAGAAAACAUAUCAACCAACUUCUGCUGUAGAGUCAUGAACCAAAACAUAAAAACCUACUGCUUUGUGGUGUGUGUGACAGAGUUGAAUAACCAGACAUUACCAGCUCUAGCUGUGUUAGUGAAAAACAACAAGUUAUGUAUAUAAUUUUUCACUUUCAAUGCGAUAUUUCAAAAGGGAUUCUUGUAAGACGUAAAAUGUGCUUUUUGCAAAUAUCUUUAUUUUAACCUAGGAAAAUUUCCCCCUUUAAUUAUUAUAAUUUGUGUUGUAUGGUGUUGGUAAAAAAAAUGUCAGCUUUCUUUUCAAUAAAUCUUAUUUUACUUAACCCGAACAAAGAUGCAGCGAUAAAUGUAAGUUAAGAAAGAGACGUGAUACUAAUAAUGGUAGUUAUUUAUGAAGCAUAAUACAACUAGCCUUUAAACAAAUAGGAAUGGACCAAGUAUACAUAUUUUAGCAUACACAUUUUUUAAGUAUACAAUUGUGCAUGUAUACAAAUGGACAUUUAUACUAACGAACAAAAAUAUCGAUUAAAUUCAACUAAGCUGAAAACAAUAACUAAAACUCCAAACACAAGAACAUAAUCAGCUGGUCAAUACCUGAAUGUAAUCUCUGAUCGUGUACAAAUGUACUAGUGAAUGCUGUCAUCCCAAUUUGUUCUAUACUUACAAAUAUUGCUUGAAUAUUAGAUCACGCUUAAAUUCGUACAUUUUCUACAAUUGUUGUAUUACCAUUGAGACAAGGUUCACCAAUGAUUUGAAGGUCAGUGCCAAUUACGUUCAUAACAGAUUUUAAUGUCAAUUAUAUUCUACAUAAAUAUGUAGCGACAAUGCCAAAUGUUGUCAAACAAGGCGUAUGACUCUCUGUCGUGCGUUAAUCUGUAUAUCAUAUCACCGAUGUGUGUAAACUGUACAUAAUUGUUAUUGUUUGUACAUGAACAUUCUAUUUUUCUUAGUUGUUUUUCAAAACUAAUAUGAUGUUUAAAUGUGAUAUAAUUUUUCCAGUUUUCCAAUAUUUGACAUUUAUAUUUAUCAAUUAUUAGUGCUAUAACAAUUAUGAUGAAAUCCCGGUGUAAACAAUUAAGUUGAUGUAUUUCACACCUUUUAUUGACAUAUUAGUACAGUAUUAGUCAGAUCCGAAUAAUCACAACGAUCAAUAUACUCGACUUGACGGUAGUACUGUAAAAUCAUAAAUUUUCGUGGGAGUUUAAAUUUCGUUUAUUUCGUGGAUAACAAAAAUCCACGAAAUGUAAUCCCCACAAAAACAAAAAUUUGGUAUGAUAUAGAUAGGGGAAAAUCAGAAAUCGGCGAAAUAUAAAGUCCUUGAAACAGGCUUGUAUAAGAAAACCCACGAAAUUUUAACCCCACGGAAAUAAAUGAUUCUACAGUAUACUGUGCCAAAUACAUGUCAAAACAUCAGGCCAUACAUGUAUAAUUUCAGCUUUAACAUAAUUUUACAGUUUUUACAUUUUUUUAUUAAUUGAGUAACAUCGUAAUAAAUGACUAUUGAUACUUAUGAAAUCAAUCGUGUAGAAACCUGGUAGCUUGUUUCGUGUAUUUACAACAUGUAUUGACAAGCAUGUAAAAUGUUGGUCAAAUAGAAUCAAUUAAAAAUGCAUACCUUUUGAUUAUCGUCUCUACAGAUCAGCAUAUUUGGCACUUGAAUAUUUAAUUCUAGUUGUUUUUGAACAAUACAUUCCUUAUUGUUACAGUUUGAGACUAUUUUUACAGUUGUACACUUGUUAAGAUACUAGAGGUAGUGUGUAUAUGUAAACACAUUUUAUAAAAGAUUACCUGUAAUUUGUAUGUGUAGAUGAAUCUUGCUAGUGUCAUCAGGUGUUGUUUUAAAUUAAUGUCAAUCAAGCGAGUGUAGAACAUGUUACAUUAAUGUUAUCAAGAGCACACCUGUAUAUUCGGAGGUGUUAGAGAGUAGUUUCGCUACUUAUUAAUUCUUUCAGCCUGACGGUCAUGCAUGACAUCGCUAAGUACAGUUACAUGUAAUUCUUAUGCAAGUUCUUGUCCUUUUAAGUAAGCUACUAGCUAUAUAUUAAUCACACUAGUCUUAUGGUCCGCGGUGUGUUAGAUAAUCUAACAGUUUUGUAAACUUUGAUACAAGUUGUCCAUCAUUUAAAAGUGAGGUUAUAAUAAAUCGUCACGUGAUAAGAUAAUGCGUGUAGGCAUAUUAGAAAAGGGAAAAUAUAAGGAAUAAUUUCUAAGACGUACGUUAAAGACAAUGCAUGGGUUGACAAGGUUUCAUGAUUGAACUAUUUGUUUCAAUUUAGAUUGAUCAAAAUUGAGUGACUCUGGUCUAUUAGAACAGUUGGUUGAAUUUUCUGUCGUUUACUUUCAUUUGUGGCAAUUGUUUUUGUCGUUUCGAUAGGACCAUGAAAAUGAUAACAUCGAAACAUUAACGAUUUCACCGACACCACCUCAGGCAUAUUAACAGACGAAGGCUAUUUCUACCUGAUAAUACAUACAAUAUCUAGUGAAACCCCCGUCCAAGUUUCAUGCUAUAUGGGUUGUGUUGGAAUUGAUACAUGGUGUUGUUAAAAUUAUUCUUAUUAGAAAGUACUAUGUAAUAUGGCAUAAAACAUGAUAAAUAAAGAUGACUAAGGGUUAUGCCGUUUGUGUAUCUACAGACACCGCUAAUCAAUGAAGUGAUAUUUUCAUAACUUUACUACUCCGUGUAUCAAAUGAAUCUCAUUAUUAUACUGUGAUAUAUAAUACGAGUUUUAAAUAGUGUUAAUAUCUCACUUGUGCCAUAAGCAUAUGACAAUGUUUACUUUUUACGUGCCAUAUUCUUCAAAUAAUUAAUUGACCUAAUUUUUUUAUUUCAAAUUUUACGUGUGUCAAUUUGAUAAUACUCAAUGCUUUUUCUAAUCAAAGUGCCAUUUUAGAGAGUAAUUCAGUGAUUUUACAACUUGUAGAAAAUUUUGUAUUUCUAUAAUCUCAGCGCUGAUGUAUUUUUUUGUGUGAGGUUAAGUAAUCUCGAAAUUUACAUUUAUUAUAUAUUCUUUAUUUACAUUUUUAUAUCGUGUAGUAAUUUGAACGCUUGGUACUAUACUUAGUAUCGAGGUUUCAUUAUUGGAAAGUAUUAUAUAUGAUUGAUUUUAAACAGUUACAGCAUUACAUCUGUACAUAUAUAUGUACGUACUCUGGUCUGCGUAAGCUAAUAAUAUAUGCAAUGUAUAUGUGUAGCGUUAGACAUGUCAUACCCUGUUCGACUGUUGACGAACAAAUAAUGAUAUGUCAAACUAGACCCAGAUAGAAAACGUGUUCUUUUUUACAUAACGUUUUCAACUUGAUGACAUUAACUUUACUCGAAAGGCUCAAGUACACUACAACAAGGUAAGUUAAACCACCUAUCUAUUUGAUAAUCAGUGUGUGAACAUAAGCAUGUUCAGACUGGGUGUACAUUUGUAGACAUUUUUCAUGGUUUUGUUACCUUUUGUUAAUCUUGGAUGUGCUUAUAGGGAAGGCAAAGCUCAUGUGAGCUACGGCAUGAUAACUGUUGUAGAAAAACACUUCGAGAGAGACAUUAGAAAUAACACAUAACAAUGAAAUUUUAAACCUACUUUCAAAUGUUCUAUAGAUCUAUGUUAAUUCACCAUUUCCUCUAUGAAACCUCUGCUUUCCGUCCGUUCUCGGUCAUUUUUUCAAUAUUUUGACUUAUUUAAUAGUCCGCAGACAAAAGUUACCAGUAUGAUUAGGUAAUUAAAACCAGUCCAAGUGGUUGAUCCAAGGAUUGCAGCCCGUCAACGGAAUGAAGAUAUCAAAUACUCAACCUGUAGAAUUAAGUCUUCUUCACAGUCAAGAUAUAUACUGCACGAAUUUCCUUAACAAACUGACUUACUGGAUUUUAAGUAUCACUUUCUUAACACAAGGCCUUAUAUAUAUAUAGUGUUCCUAAGAUUUCUAAGUUGGACUUUAAACCUUAUAGAAAUGUCAAAUAUAUGAUUGUGCGAUACAGGACUGAUGUGUCUCUUUUUAUAUCUCAAUACGAAAGUUUUCAGCCCCACAUAAUUAAAUUAUGAUGACCUGUGAUGGCGUGCUUUUGUUGUUAUACAUGUCUUUGUGUAGCUGACCUGUAAUCCAAUUCUUUGCUGACUAUAUACCCUACGACCAUAUAGUCGUACGGGGUGUUGGUGACAAUAUUAUUCUCCAUGUUGACAUUGAUGAUACAUUGUGGAGAAAACUUCUUGAUGCUGGUGUAAAUGCUAAAUGGUUUUUUAAGAAUGCUACAUGUUUCUCUACUAAUACUGAUGCAAAUGCUUUUUUUAGUAUGCUAUAUUAUUCAUGAGUUGUGAUUGUUAUGUAUUUGUAAAAUACUCAUUAAAGCAUCUGC